GUGGACCGAGAAACUAACAGGCACGUGCAACCACACCACAAAGAUAUUGAGCAUUGGCGCGGUAGUCAACUCAAGGACAUGGAGAACAAUAAAGAUCGAGAGGAGGAAGAAGUUGAUCAGCCUGUGCUAGUUGAAGAGCCUCUUGACCUUAUCAGACUAAGUCUGGAUGAAAAAAUCUAUGUAAAGAUGAAACGUAAUCGGGAAUUGCGUGGUGUUUUGCACGCUUUUGACUCUCAUCUGAAUAUGAUCUUGGGAAAUGUUGAAGAGACAGUAACAACAUUAGAGAUUGAUGAGGAGACAUAUGAAGAAGUUUAUAAGACAACAAAGCGUACAAUACCCAUGCUUUUCAUCCGAGGUGACGGUGUUAUUCUUGUCUCACCACCACAAAAAGAAUAACUUGUAUAAAACAUUUUCGAAAACCAUGUCGUAUCCUUGUAUCUCAUUCAAUAAAAGACUUAUUUUUUACCCAUGUUGUAUCAGCUGUCUUAUCUUUCUUAAAGCGUCCCAAUAACCAAACAUUCCAU